UAGCUCUCUAUAUAAAGCUCAUCUAUUUGUAGCCAAACACUCAUAUACCAGAGUUUCAUUUCCAUUAAAAGUGAUUUGGGUUGCUUUGAAAUCUCUGGUGAUCUGAAUUUUCAGCGGUUUCAAGGGUCAACAUAGAGAUUUAAUGAGCAUGUCUAUGGUAACAUCCAUCAGUUCUAACAUCCAUUUCCUCAAUCUUCCUCGCCAUCGAUCACAUCCCAGCAUCCAUAAUUCUUCUCCAAGUUUAGAGAUUUCCAAAUUAAAGCAUGGAUAUUUGUCCUUGGCGAAUCGAAGUGCUCAAACUGGCCGUAUCCGCCGUGGAAUCCGAAGCGAACUCCAUGCAAUAAUGGACGAUAACCUUCUAUCAGGAGCUCCACAACUUCCACACAUCUUCCCAGACUGGGCAAGUUGGGUUUUGGGAUCGAUAUUCACAAUAAUCAUACCACUUUGGAAGCUAAAAGGUGGAUUCUUACAAAAAUUAGGAAGUAAGGUAGAAGAGGCUGUAGAUGUUGUAGACGAUGUAGUUGAGGCUGUUGAAGAUGUAGUUGAGGUCGUGGAAGAUGUCGCUGAGGCAGUAGAGAAGGCAUCUUCGGAUAUGGCUGAUAAUCUUUCCAACGGUGGGAUGCUUAGGGAUGCAGUCUUGUGGGUUGAGAAUGCGUCGAAAGAAUUGAGGGAGGAUGCCCAGGAGGCAUUAGAAUUCAUCGACAAGGUAGAUGACUUGACGGAAGAAGUGGAGAAAAAGGUAGACGCACUGUUUGAUUCCUUGAAGGAGGAUGAAGGAGAGGCUAUAGAAAAAGAAGCCAAGGUGGAGACAGUGGUGGGCCAGACCAUCACAGAAAAUGUGAAGGUUGUGGAAAAUGCAGCACCAGUUAAACAAGAAGCACAGGUACGGCAGUCAUGACAGAAAGUCGACGAUAGUUGCUCGAAGUGGACGUUUGACUUCUCAAAUGCACGAGAGCCACUCGAAAAAGAUAUUGGCCUAGAAACGAUCUCCACCAUUAGUUGAUAGUGCCGCCCAUGACCCGUGCUGUAAUUACAUGUAGCUUUUUUUUUUUCAUUUAUUCUUCUCAUCAAGCAAUUUAUUAGACGUUAUAAUUUAAAAUUUAUUCUUGUCAUCAA